AUGCUCAACCGAACUCAACGCCACCACCAUUUUUCUCUUCAAAUUCAAUCCUUUUCUCCAUCACCUCUCCACCUAACAACUCAGGAAAUGGAACCGGUUUACGGAAGUGGGUUCGACCCGAAUGCGGCAAAAAUCACGGCGGCGGUCUGUGAUUUGACCGGCGGCGGCCCGGGGGACGACCUGUUCGUCGACGGACUCCUCGAUUUUUCAAAUGGGUUUUCGGAAACGGAAGAGCCGCCGUUUCCGCCGCCGUCGGCGGCGGGGGAUGAACACGAGAAGAGGGGAAUCGCCCCUGUUUCUCACGAGAAGCAAGAACCGCCGGCGCCGGAGAACUGUUCUUUCGUCGCCGGCGACGAUUUUGGGUCUCUGCACGAGAGCGAGCUCAGUUUCCAGGGGGAGAGUUUGGAGAGUCUUGAAUGGCUGUCGCAUAUCGUGGAGGACUCGUUUCCGGAUUACUCCCUCGCCGGCAAAUUCCCAGCGGUAAACCGGUUCGAACAGCCGCCGCCGCCGCUGGCGGCGGAGUGCUUCGCAACUCCGGUUCAGACCAAGGCCCGAACAAAGCGGGCCCGUACGGGAGUCCGCGUCUGGCCCGUUCUCUCCCCUUCCUUUGCGGAGCCAGAUACCUCAUCCUCUUCCUCAGCCUCCUCAGCAACCUCGUCCUUGCCGCCGAGCAAGAGGAGGGCGAGGACGGCCGCCGGAGGCGGGGCCGCGGCUGCGCUGAGGAGGUGCACUCACUGUGGGGUCACCAGGACGCCGCAGUGGCGGGCCGGGCCGUGCGGGCCCAAGACGCUCUGCAACGCCUGCGGGGUGAGGUACAAGUCAGGCCGGCUGUUGCCGGAGUACAGGCCCGCAUGCAGCCCGACUUUCUCGAUCGAGCUGCACUCGAACAACCACCGGAAAGUGAUGGAGAUGCGGAGGAUGAAGGAGGUGGAGACGGAAGGGACCGGUCUGCCGCCACCGGUUCAGAGUUUCUAA